AUGCGUUAUCGCAUCGAAGCCAUGGAAAGAGAUAGCAGCAGUCAAACUCCCUCCGGGCCGAGUCAGCCGAGUACGGGCAACACGCCGCAGGGCACAGGCACAGGCACGGGCACGGGCACGGGCACGCAGCUUGCCCUGAAGAAGAAUGAAUCGACGCCCGCCACGACUUCCUCUGCCUCGUCCAAGCAGACGACGAGCAAUGCGCAAAACUCGAAGCGGAGGAGAGGACUCGGAGUGGUGACGCCCAAUGCUUGUACCGAGUGUCGCAAGAAACGCGCAAAGUGCGAUGGCCUACAGCCAUGCGGACGCUGCAAAACCCAACGAGAAGUCGAAUGCGUGUACGAGAUCCCCGUUCGACAGUCCAAGGAAAACCUCCGGACCGAGAUCGAAAGCCUUCGCCAGCACCAGCGAUCCAGCGACCAGGUCUUUUCCGCCCUCAUCCGGCCAGACCUUUGGGAACAAGUACUGCGCCGCUUGCGCCGAGGCCAGUCCGUGGAGAGCAUAUCGGAAUGGCUGACGGUCUGCAUGCCGGCCCAAGGCGCCGGAGCGGCACAGCUGUCCCAGCUGGGCUUGGGAGUCGAGCCGGCCGCGGCUCAGCAGCACAGUCUGCCGGGCGACAUGCAGCAGAACAGGUCGUGGAACCUGGGCCAGGCCGAGUCGGCAAGAAGCGACUCGUUCCCGGAUCUGAUGGCGUGGACCUCGGAUUUGCCUGGCCCGCCUCAGUCGCGGGUGGCUGUCUGGGCCGAGAGCAUGACCGCCGACAAGGCAUCCGACGGUGCUGACGGGCCAAAGUACCGCGGGCUGGAGCAGGUCCUGUCUCACAUGCACGAGCCGGCAAUGAAGAUGCCCCCGCGGACGUGGACCGGCAUCACCGGCGACAUCCAUCUCGUCCAGCACCUGCUGGCGCUGUACUUUUGCUGGGAGUACCCCACGUUUGCGUCGCUGAGCAAGGAGCACUUUCUGCAAGACUUUCGCGACGGACGGCAGCGCUACUGCUCCCCGAUCCUGGUCAAUGCUCUCCUCGCCCUCGGCUGCCGGUUCUCGACCCAGCCCACGACGAGGGAGAACCCCAACGACCCGUACACGUCGGGCGAUCACUUCUUCAAGGAGUCGCAGCGCCUGUUCAACCAGGAGGAGUCGCACCACAACCUGACCACCAUCCAGGCCCUGGGCAUCAUGUCGAUACGAGAAGCGAGCUGCGGCCGAGACUCGGAAAGCUGGUACUAUGCCGGACAGAGCAUCCGACUGGCAGUCGAGAUGGGGCUGCAUCACAUUGGGGAAGGCUUGAACGAAAACGAGCUGGCGGUGCAGUCGGCAACGUUUUGGGGAGCUUUUGCGCUCGAUCACGCCUGGUCACUCGCAACCGGGUCGUUGCCACAGUGUUCCUGCUUCCCACGCCUACCCCCCAAGCCUGGUAUCAUUGGGAACAUCGAAGCGUCUCUUUGGGUUCCCUACACCGAUGAUGGGGCGCCGCUUCAACGAUCCUGCGAACAGCUUUCGAACGUACGGUCUGUGUACAAGUGCUUCUGCGAGCUGAGCGAACUUGUGCACCAAUCGCUCUACAUGCUGCACUCGCCAGGCAAGCCGUUGACGUCGAAGGAGCUGCUCAAAGUGUACACGCAGUAUCUGAACUGGUAUGAUCGAAUACCGGAAGCCUUGCGCUUGGGCCACAACUUUACGCCUGCCGUGCUUUUUGCCCACAUGUACUACCACUUUGCCAUCCUGCUCCUCUUCCGCCCCCUGAUCAAGCUGCGCAUCAUCGGGUCCAAGAUUGUCCCCAAAGACGUCUGCAGCCAAGCCGCCGACGCCAUCCAGGGGCUCCUGACGUCGUACUCGCAGCUGUACACGCUCCGGCGAACACCGUCCUUUGUGCCGUACUUUGUCCUUACGUCGUCCAUCAUGCACCUGGCCAUUGGGGCCUCCACCAGCGACCUCGUCGGCUCCGGGGACGCGCAGCCGGCCGACAUUGAGCAGGUGGUCAAGACCAACCCCAGGGUCAUGGCGGCGCUGAAGCGCGGCAUCGCCGACCUGGCGGAAAUGGCGCCCUGCCACCACUUUGCGGAGCAGGCGCUCCACAUCCUGGGCCACCUGGCGAGGAAGUGGAACAUUGACGUCGACUUUGAGGGGCACGACCUGGCGCCCGAGGACUACGAGCGGCUGGUGCGGCCGUACACGAGCAGCCUCAACUUCUUCGCGCCCAACGUCGGCGUGCAGGACUUUAUCUGCGACUGGGGCUCGGGCAACCGGAUCGCGGUCAAGGGCGAGGCGCGGCUGGUGGAGAAGACGGCCGAGACGAUGGAGAACCCGCUCUUCUGGCCGUUUCCCAUGCAGGGCCGGCCGAUGCUGCCGACGGGGACGCAGUUGGCGGAUGCGGGGUUUGCGCUGCUGGGGCCGGGGGAGGCGUCUCUGGCCAUGGGGGCCUUUGGGGCGUUGGAUGACGGGGGGAUGGGAUGA